GCUUUGACUGAGCUCCUUGAACUGACGGAGCAGAUCUCGGGCCCUCGAGUCAUACCGUACAGGAGGCUCUAUUUUGAGAGUCAAACUUUGGCGUUGAGUGACAUGAAGCAGCGGCUGGAGAGAAGAGAUGAUCAGGCGCCUCGGAAAAUGUGCCUGCCCGAGCGGGUUCAGCGUUUGAAGUUGGCCCGAGAUGAGCUGACAGGAAUCACCAUUGACGCGGCGUUCGAGCCGUCUCAUCGGCUCACGGACAUUUGUCUUCAGCAGUGUGAGGACCAAUCUAUUUCCUACAUCGAGCUGCACGACUGUACAAGCAGGGAGUGGGAAAUAAGCAACAGGAAGCGUGAUUCGGCUAUUGAGUUUCAAGUUGAUGAGGAGCAGCGAGUUCAUCACGAGCCGACCGGAGAGCACAAGAUCCGCACUGCCAUGCUGAGGAGGGCUCUGGCUUACCACUUGGUGGGCGCUGCAUCGUAUCAGGUUUUGGAACGAGCGAUUACGAAACUCUUCUCUUACCUGAGCCGCGAACCUGUUCGGGGAUUCAGAGCCGUCUCCUUGCAGCAGAUUGUAUUUGCAGAGAAACAGAUGUGGAUUGAGGCUUCGUUGGCAACGGUGGGAAAGGUCCUAGACACUGCCGCGCCUAAGCCUCUGAACGAGGCAAUUACUGCCGCCAUGGACUCCCCGGAGGUGACGCAGGGCGAGGGGCUCAGCGUCCGAACUCAGUGCUAUGAGUUUCACUUACCGUUCGAUUGGCGGCAGAUGAAGCCAGUGGAUUGGAGUCAGCCGGUGGACCAACUUUUUGCAGUAGAGUUGUUCGCGGGCACCGCCGGUCUGUCGGCUGAGAUGCAACGCCAACAUUUUCAGGUUUUGCCCAUUGACCACAGCAGGUCCCGAGGGCCCAAGGUCAAGUUAGUGCUUCUGGACGUGACCAAGCCGCAGCAGUUUCAGAUUUUAUUGCAGUUGCUCAUGACGGCCAACGUUGCAUAUUUCCAUGCGGCUCCGCCCUGUGGUUUCGCUGGCGAGAAGCGGGCGGCCCGGGCCUGGGGCAUUGUCUCGAUGCCCCCUCUGGUGUCAGAAUUUGCCAUGAUUGCGGAUGUGGAGCUCGACUCAGCAGCUCAGGCAGGCUGGGUAAAGAUGGGGCCGAAGCUCACCAACUUCAAGAGGCGUUUGAGCCUGGCGAAGAUCAAGCGGCUGAGGAUCCAACUGGCUGCCGAAGAAGUCAAAUUGCAUGCGAAGUUGGAUCCGGACGUGGAAUGUAUUUUGCAGGGCAAGAACUUGUUAUUGUGGAAGAAGCUGCUUGAGGAGAUGCCUCAUGGAUACCAAGUGCCGAACAUGUCCGAGCGCGAAGUUCAAGCCAAGGCUCACUGGUGGAGACGUGCGUCAGUUGCAAAGUGCCAGGAACGUGACCCUGAGCUUGAUGCUGAGCUGUGGCAACAGACUCUGCUGGAGGUCGAGAAGGGUUGGUUGCAAGGGCCGUUCUCCGAAGAGGAGGUGACUGCGCUGGUGGGGACAUCCAGCUGGCUGGCAACACGGAGGUUCCCUUUGAGGCAAAAGACGAAGGUCCGUAUCAUAGAUGAUGGGCUGGAGUCUGGCUUGAAUGCUUCAUAUUCGACCCCGAAUAAGCUGCGGUUGCACGACCUGGACACUUUGACGGCUUUAGCGCUGCUCAUUCGAAGGUGCCUGGCAGGGAAGGGACGGCAGACAGUUGCUAUGGCAGAUGGCUCGCUGCGAACGGCAGAGCUGGCAGCUGACUGGCCGGCCGAGGUAGAUCUGCUGGGAAGAUGCCUGGACUUGACAGACGCCUACAAACAACUUGCGGUGGACCCCAAGGAGGCCUGGAGCCGCGUGUUGGUGGCCUAUGAUCCUGAGAGAAAGGAGCCCAGGUUUUUCUUGACGCGGGCUUUGAUGUUCGGGAGCUCAGCCAGCGUUUACUCGUUCAACAGGGUGUCGAGAAGCCUUUGGCAUCUGGGACAGUUUUUCUUGUGGCAAUGGAGCACAAACUACUACGAUGAUUAUCCCUCUAUAGAGACGCGUGAGACGGCGGGCUCGGCCAGGGAGACCAUGGAGGGAUUGCUAGAAGAGCUUGCAAAAGAGGGCAAGAAGGCAAAACCUUACUGCGACUCCUUUGAGGUGCUGGGCGUUGUGUGCUCUUUGAGGGGCACCUCGGUUUCCUUGGCCAACAAACCCAGCCGUGUGGAGGCGAUACGCGAACAGCCUAUUCUAGUUUUCACUGAUGGUGCUUUUGAACCGGAUGCUGAGCAGAAGUAUGGGGCAGGAGCGGUGUUGUGGGACACCGCCAGCCAGAGGGGUUCUUCGCACAGCGUGGUGGUGCCUCCGGAUCUGGUGGCUGCUUGGCAAAGUGCGGGCAAACGCCAACUCAUCAGCGAACUGGAAAUGCUGCCAGUGCUUUCAGUGUGUGAGUCGGCUGCAGACAUGCUGUGGAGAAGACGAGUGCUCCUUUUUUGCGACAACAACGGUGUUAGGCAGAUGCUGGCCAAAGGCAAUACCCCUUGCCCGGGACUUUUUGCCAUGCUGGCCCUCGUUCACAGAGCGCUGGCCAAGGCGGAGUGCUUGCCGUGGUUUUGCAGAGUGCCUUCAAAGUCAAAUCCCGCCGACGGGCCUUCGAGAAACUAUUGGCAAGAUGAGGUUCCGGAUUUCACAAUACCGCCUGCCUUAGUCAGUGCACUGCUGUCCAGGCAGACUUUUCUGAGUUUCCUGAAUGCAGAGUCGACUCUGUGA